CGACUUCUGACCCAUUGCCAAUUUUCUGACGGAUACACCCGUGCUCAUGAUUCACCUGCUAUGGAUCCUGCUUCAUGAGAUUUUACCUGUUGCUGCCGUGGCGAUGUACUCGAUAGCAACAUAUUACUCGGAUGAUGUUUGCAGUUCCAACUAUGCGUAUCAAGUUCACGCAGUCGAAGUCGCCAAUUGUACUUCGCUGACCUGUUCGAAUGAUGGACUUCUGACAGCUUCCACAUCCGACGAUGCGGAGUCGAUCGAGUGCUCCACAGACUACGUGACCAGUAUGAUAAGCAUGCUGAAUGACGUCUCCUAUAUCAUCGUUCUGAGAUUUGAGGACAACAAUUGCUCCACCUUGCACUAUGGUUAUGGCACCACAACACUUGGACGGUGCGCCGAGAACAAGCAUACCGGAGGAUACUCGACCAGCAUCCUACACAGUGACGGAUCGGCAGAUAUUCAGUAUUUCUCCGAUUCGAGUUGUUCAGUGGCAUAUGCGUCCGAGACUGUCAAUAACUCCGCCAAGGCAAACCACGAAUGCAGCUCAAGCAACUAUGUGUGGUAUACAAGCAGAGGACCGGAAAUUUCGAAUGAUAACCCCACUGCAACUAUCAGCUCUCGGGACGGCAGUCACAGCGGACACAGUAACUACGACCACAUUCCCCAAGAAGCUUCGGAUUCCUCCAGUGAUGUUAGUGCUCUUACUAUCGUCUGUUCUGCCUUUAGCUGCAUUAUGCUCGCACAAGUUGCUGUCAUCAUUGUCUUGUAUAGACGAUUGAAAAAGCAAACACCAGUGGAGACUCGAAGUGGUCUUUGGGACGACGACACCAUCACUGCUACUCGAAUUCCUCGGAACAAGAUCUCUAUCAAGAAGCUUCUAUGUCGGGGUGCUUUUGGAGAAGUUUACUGUGGAUUCUUCAAUGGCCAACAAGUAGCCGUCAAGAUGCUGCUAUCAGCCACGCGUUCCAAUCUCCAGCACGUCAACGAAUUUCUGACCGAAGCAAAAAUGACUGCCAUGAUGGAUCACCCACAUAUCGUCUACUAUGUCGGUGUCGCGUGGGACUCUCUCUCAGAUCUUUGCGUUGUUCUCGAGUUCAUGGACGGUGGAGACUUGCGAACACUCUUGAAUAAAUAUGAAGCAGAGCACCAUCCUAUCGGUAUCGAUAGGGAGAAAGCCAUAAUUGCGCUUCAUAUUUGCCAUGCUUUAACAUAUCUGCACUCCUUACGUUCGCCAGUUAUUCACCGAGAUCUCAAGUCACGCAACGUCUUAUUAAACCAGUCAAUGACAGCCAAGCUGACCGAUUUCGGGAUUUCACGCGAACGGCUUGAUCGAACCAUGACUGCAGGCGUUGGGACUUCAUUGUGGAUGGCGCCUGAGGUGAUGCUUGGAGAACGAUACGGUGUUAAGGCGGAUAUAUUCUCGCUAGGUGUUGUGAUAUCUGAGCUGGAUGUCCACACGCUGCCCUACGCGCAAGUCAAACGACAAAGUCGUGAGACGGAGGGUCGUGAGCUUGGUGAUGCCACACUCCUGCAAAGAGUUUCAACGGGAGAAAUAACUGUGGAGUUCUCCUAUAUGAGUCCCAGCGCGGUGGUGGAGCUGGGUCGUUCCUGCGUGUCAGUCGACCCAGCAGACCGUCCGACGGCAGCUGGAGCUUUGUAUCGAUUACAAGUCAUUCUGACCCAAGAGCUGUCGUCAUCCUGCAACGAUGUUCUUUGAAAUUUUUUUCAGCUGAGGAGUUAUCGUGCAUCAGCCAGUUUGAGCGCUUCUUCUAACUUGGAUAGAUAUGAUGGAUGCAAGUGAGUGCCGUCUAAUCGAAAUUCUGGUCGAAGCUGUAGAUCUUACGUGUUAGCAAAUUAUGUUAAAGUUUCCCAUGUAUUAGUUGUGCCUACCUUUGGCGGAUCUCCACACACCAAGUCAUCGUGGAAGUCCAGCCACCUGAACAAGCAAGAUAUGAUAGAUGAAAAAAAAAAUAAAGUUGCGAUGUAAUAGAGUACGUCUUACCUGCU